UCAGAGCUGCUCUUCAGAUUCUGAAGUCCUACCACAUAGUAGUUAUAUGCCUUUGAUGUCCUAAGAUUCUGGAAUCAUCAGAUCCAUUUAAAAUAUAGAGCUGCAGUGUUGACCGUGGCAACUUUUCUUCCUGUAGCAGCUUGUCUGGAGCUGACAGAAAAAUUUUCUUUCAGGUCUUAGAAAUGCAGAAGAAAUGUUGUAGGGUUACUUCUUCCAUAACAGCAAGUACUCCAUUUUAAAGCUGAGGGUACAGUGUAAUGGUGCGUAAGGCAGUGCCACACACAGGCAUUGUUGUAGCAGAGGAAAAAUACAUAUGUAGAGCAAGUAACACCACCCCAAAAAUAAUGAAAAAGCCUAAUAAAUGACACGUCCAUCACAUACAUGCAAGACAGUGUGGCAUACUCAGUGUUCUAGGGUGGGAUUUAACUUGUAUAGUUAAGUGUAUUAUUAAAAAGGAUAAAACUAACUUUCAUCUGAAGGACAGUUAUGUCCCUUUGAAAGUUAUUUUGCUCUGCAUUUGUCAAAGCAAGUGAUUUUUUUCUUUUUUCCUGAGAGUUUACACAGUAGAACUUAAUGUGCUGCAUGGGAAGCAUGAUGCUGAGUAUUGGGUGAGCAUUUUUCCUUCACUGAUGCAUACGAGAUGUUUCUAAUUUAUCCACUUAAAUUAAUAUUAAAAUACGAAUAUAAAUUGAACUUAGUUUUUAAGCAAAGUUUUUUCCUUCAUAAAACCUGUAGGCAACAUUUACUAAAGCACAGCGUUCAGACUGUUUCCUUACGGUGCUGUGAUGUCUAACACAGAGGACUUUUCAAAGUAAACACUAAGAUGUGGAAUUGAACUUAAUAAUAUUGCACAGUAAUCGGGAUCCUUAUCUGCAGAUCGAGAGAUUUUGGAUAGCCAAUCUUGCAAGGUGGUUCUUUCCCAUGGGAAUAGGGGACUGUGACAGCUAUUUCAAGGUAUUCCUUCCCAUGGGGACAGUGACAGCUAUUUCAGCGUGUUUCCUUUCUCUGCCAUUUCCUGCCACCCUUGCUGUGGGAAAGAACAACUACUCUCCUCUAAAGGAGGGGAAAAAAGAACUGUGUGUAGGCUUAAUAUUGCUCAAAAAAAAAAAAAAAAGUCUUCUUGACUUUGUCUGUUGUAACUGAUGUUACCUUUCCCAUCCCAGCUAUGCCUGUUGGGGAGGCCUGUUUGGAUUUUUCAAGAAGGAAAUGGGAAUACUGCAGUAAAUCUUGUCCUAUCCAUCUAGUUCCCUUGUUUUAUCUUUUCGUUGUGAAGGACUAACUGUAGUAGGACUAGUCCAACUAGUCUAGUGAAGGACUAUUAGUUUGUAUAGUGAGGGCUAGCAGUAUGUUUUUAGACCAAAAAAGCAUCAGUCUACCUCUUAAUAAAUUGUUGUUUUGGCAUACUUUAGUUCUUACUCACACAUACUGUGCCUUAGCAUCUGUGCUCUAGGCACAUAAUGAAGAUUUAUAUAAUUAAUCCCUAAGGGAUUCUACCCCUUUUCUGAGUUCUCAUAAUUCUUAACUGGGAAGAUGAGAAUUUUCUGCAGGGAAAGAUGGAGGAGCUGUGUUGUCAUACAACUGUAGCAGAAAUUUCUAAUAGUUGCUAUAUUCCAUUUACUCCCUGUUAGAUCUGGUUCUGGUGUCAUUUCUACCUCCUCAGGAAAAGUGAACAAGCAGUUGAAGAAAGAGGGUGAAUAAAUUUUCUUUUUUUCAAACAACAUUAUUGCGCUGCAGGUUGUUCGAGAAGCACUAAGCAGCUUCACAGUAUUCUCCAAUCUUGGUUCCAAUCCUUAAAUUUCUGUAAUUGUCAUUAAUUGUCAGAGCCACACUUUUCACAACUUUUUAGAUGUUUUUAUACACCUUUUGUUGCUGUUGGUACAAGACAAACUGGCACCUUAGUACCAGUAACACUGUUUGCAGAAGAACAUUUCAUGGCUGUUGUAAUCUUAUGUAAGAUUACAACAGUGAUUAAGCUGUGUAUAUAUAAACCCUGCUUUUAAGUUGCUGGCAGCUUAUGCAUUAAAACAGAACAUCAUGCAAAUUAAAUCUGGGAGGAUGUGGGUGCUAUGUCUGCAUGCAUUUUAGAUUUUUUUUUUUUUAAUUAUCAUUUAUCAAACUUAGAAUGCAUUCUUAAAAGUCCUUCUCUAAUGGACUGGAUCUGAAACCACGAUAUAGAUUUCAUUUUCAUUUUAAAUAGGCUUAGAAAUAAACUGGGG